AUGGCAGCAUAUAUAAGGCCCCAUACCAUGCUGAAUACUUACAAAAUGAUCCAAUUCGUUGCUGUCUGUGUACUGCUCAAAAUCACAAACGCUUCCGUCCGGCAACCCAGCAGUUUUGGUAGAGAAGGAAAUGGAUUUGACCAUGGCUUUGAGGCUAUGAAAAAUCACCAAGAUUUCAACGACAUUGCAAAUGGUGCUCGUAAAAACAAUGGCGCCUGGAACUUUAUGGAUAAUAGCGCCGAAACCACAGACAAGCACACAAAUUCGUGGAAUGAAGCAGCACACAGUUCAGAAGCACGUCAUCAAGAUGAAGGCAGCAAAUCCAGUUCCGGAACUAGCAGCUAUGGACGAGAUGUGAAAACAAAGACCUAUGGAUUCUUCGACUACCAAUAUAUCAAGCCACAGUUCCACAUUGAAGAAUACCACGUCGACGAGAAGCAUUCGAAUAAACACACAUCUGAUACCCACUCCACCCACGCCCAACAUUCAUCCAAGGACAACUUCCACGAAAGAGGCUUUGAUAAUUACGCCAAUUCACAUAGCAUGAAGGGAUCGAAAAAAACUGGCUCAGACCGAACCAGUAACGAGCAUAGCUUCAGGGGAGCCAACUACGAUAGCAGUUAUGAUGACGACGAAGAGGGAAGUUUCAAUCACGGAUAUCAUGUUCAUGGGGACGACUAUGGCACGGAGCAUCCCACUUACGUCAGCGAUCAUGGACACCUUCCAGAAUACAGCAAACGUUCCGUGUUUUCCGGUCCAUACCGUCAUGAAGCUUCGUUCUAUUAA